AAGCGUGUCGUUCUCCACCCUCCUAGUGCACAACGACAGGAGGGCGCGGGUACACAGCAAGCUACCCCCAACAUUCCCAGCACUCAAGGGGCUGUCAAGCCCACCGAGGCUGAACCAGCUAGCGGACCUUCUCCGCCUAUGACCGAGCCCAGUACCCCAGCAGAGCAUCCUGAACGUUCCGAAGCCCAGCUCCUGGACCACAUAGCAAGCUCUCGGGAUGGUAUCCACCUGGAGGGCGCGCUGCGAGGCAGGUACUCAGAAGACGCGUUUUUCGCGCCGGUUGUCAAGAACCCGCACCAGUACAAGAAUUUUCGUAUUUCUGACGGCCUAGUCUUCCUCAGGGAGCGAGGACGUGAGCUUCUGUGUGUCCCACACAUCAUAGUCAACGGGCGCAGUGCUAGGGAGAUUGUUAUCUCUCAUGCCCAUUCUUUGUUAGCGCACCUGGGACCUCGAAAGACAGCUGAUCUUCUACGUGACCACGUCUGGUGGAAAACC